AUGACGGGCGCCGCUCCUAUCGACAUCGCCACUCGCAACUCGACCUCGGUCUCACCACCGGGGCAGCAGGCAUCGAAUCUCACCUCGGCACUGCAGAAAGCCGGCACGGGUGAGCGUACGGGUAGUAUAUCGCAUCAUCCAAGCGGAGGGCUCGGGGUGUUCAAGGCGCCGCCGCCUCGCAAGGACUCCAUCGGCGCUGCUACGGCACAAUGGGGGAACGGGACGAAGCCCAUUUCAAUGUCGGGGUCCAACCGCGACAAGGGUCGACGCGAAUCGCUUGCAGGUAGCCUGGUGGGCGGCAUGAGCUGGGGUGGUGUGUCUGUCGGGAGUUGGAUACGCGAUGAUAUCAUUAUGACCGGCACCUCGCCUUUUACCUUCCAGUCACCUUCCUUCCAUUCCUCGUCAUAUCUGCCGAAGCUGGAGGCCAACUUCAUGCGGGACUUUUCGUGCUGCGGUGUGACGUUACCGACGCUCCAUGACCUAUUACAGCACUACGAAGAAGCCCAUGCGACCAAGUCGCCCAACCAAGGACAUCGCCCGAGCCAGGGUGAGAACCGGGCUGCUUUGGCCGCCGCGGCGAUCGCACAGCAACAGAGCCAGCAACAUGGCAGCCAAGGGCGCAGCUUGCAGCCCGACCGAACUCUGGAUAUGCAGCGUAAAAUGGGCCAGAAUCCGUCGCCAUCCCAGCACGCGGAUCUCGACACGAUUGAUGACAUGGAGUUGGACGAGCCUAUGGGUGACGGCGAUGGCACAACCUCGCAGCUCUUCUCCCCUCAGUUACGUGAAGGUGGCCAGGGCGGAUUCGGCAACUCCAACCAGGUUUCGCAAUUAAAUCUGGGCAUGCUUCCAAGCCAUCAGGGCUUCAACACGCCCUCCCAACCUGGCACGCCGAUCGGAUCUGGACGUCCGCUCUCCCUACAGAAUAAUCCAACCGUCUCCUCCGUCAAUACCCCGACUUUAAUGGCCAACCCUCUUCAGACUUCGCAAUUUCGAAAUACCCCCGAUUCCUCGGCACCUGGAACCCCGGCGGAAAUCGACGAGAGUGUGGUGGGCGGAUUCGGCGACCUCACCAUGCAGAAUAACAUGGGUCAGAACCAGGGGCAAUUCGGACGGUUCACUGGAAAUAAUGAUAUGGUCGAUUUGUGCAUCGACGAGCCCGCUAAGCGGCUGUUCAGUCCCAGCGGAGGCAUGGGGACGCCGAACGCUCACUUCAAGCUCAGUGGAGCUCAGUAUGGCCCCAACAGCGAUAUCGCGCGCCGGAUCCGCGAACAACAGCUUCUGGCUGGCGUUCCAGAUACUACCUCAAUCCUCCCGAACGAGGAACCGAAGCCGUUCCGUUGCCCUGUCAUCGGAUGUGAGAAGGCCUACAAGAACCAGAAUGGCCUCAAAUACCACAAGGCUCAUGGUCAUAAUAAUCAACAACUACACGACAAUGCCGAUGGUACCUUCUCGAUUGUCAACCCGGAGACAUCAACCCCAUAUCCUGGUACUCUGGGUAUGGAGAAGGAGAAGCCAUACCGAUGCGAAGUAUGCGGCAAGCGAUAUAAGAACCUCAACGGGUUGAAAUAUCACAAAUCGCACUCUCCACCAUGCAACCCCGACUUCCAGCUUGCGGCCGGUCGCAACCUGAAUCUCGGCGGUGGGGUCAUGCAGGGACAGAACAUCAAUGUUGCUGGAGCUGGUCUCCCAGGAAUUGGCGAAGAAGGCCUCCUGUGA